AGGACGGAAAAAUCCGAAGGGCAUAGAGGCGCGUCUCAGCAGUCAGCCCUAAACCCUCGUCCUAAAACCCUUUCGUAUCAAAGUCUAAAAGACAGCUCUAUAGAUUCAAACAUCCUUCGCAACUAUGGCUCGUUUCCGGAAUAAUAAGAAGAAGGGAUUUGUUAAGCCGGUAGGGAAGAAGCAGCCGGGUGUUGAUCAUGUCACCGGAGAGAAGAUUCCUCACAGCAUUGUUUUUUCAAGGGGGAAGUUACCGGGUUCUCUUAAGCAACUGCAGAUGGACUUAAGAAAGUUAAUGCUUCCCUAUACUGCCGUCAAUCUCAAGGAGAAGAGGCGAAAUAAUCUCAAAGACUUCUUGAAUAUUGCAGGGCCUUUGGGAGUAACACAUUUUCUAAUGUUAUCAAAAACUGAAACUGCACCGUACCUGAAGGUUGCCAGGACUCCUCAAGGCCCAACACUGACAUUCAAAAUACAUGAGUACUCAUUGGCUGUUGAUGUUGCACAAUCUCAAUUGCGUCCUAGAUGUCCUCAAGAUCUUUUCAAGAAUUCUCCUUUGAUUGUCCUUUCUGGUUUUGGGAGUGGAGAGCAACAUCUAAAGCUCACAACUGUUAUGUUUCAGAACAUUUUUCCAGCCAUUGACGUUAACACUGUGAAGCUUUCUUCCUGCCAAAGAAUUGUGUUGCUUAAUUACAAUAAAGACACAAAGCUUAUUGAUUUUCGGCAUUAUUCCAUUAGAUUACAACCUGUUGGUGUCUCCAAGAGAGUUAGAAAAUUUGUGCAGAACCAUCAAGUUCCUGAUCUAAAGAAUCUGCAGGAUGUCAGUGACUUUAUUACAAAGGCUGGCUAUGGAUCAGAAAGUGAAGUAGACGAUGAAGCAGCAACAGUUACUCUUGCUUCUGAUCUUGGUAGGAUUAACAAGGCUUCUUCAAAAAGUGCUGUGAAGCUUCAAGAGAUUGGACCUAGGAUGACACUUCAGCUCAUCAAAAUUGAGGAAGGAUUGUGUUCUGGUGGAGUUAUCUUCAAUGCAUAUGGAAAUGAAGCUGAGAAGAAAAAGGAAGUAAAAGAGGAAGAAGAUAAAAUAAAUGAGGAAAAUGCUGAGGAAGAUUAGUUCCCAAUGCCACUUUUAUGAUGAUGCAAGAACUAGGCUUCUGUCAGUAUUCCAAGACGAAUCGCCUUCGGACAUGGGGUUGUUCUUUCUUCCCCUUCUAUUCUUCUUACUCUUCCUACAUCCCAAUCCCAAUUUUGUUUUUGUUUUGUGUCAGAUAAUCAAAUUUAAAUUUGGCUUCAGAGAAAGUGUUGUUGAGCUUGAGCUGUUAAUUAUUUAUGAUUAGUGGAAACGGGUUCACUUGCAAAUGUGCAAAGAAAUGGAUUAGAAUUGUUCGUAUUUA